UCAGGCCGGGCGCCGCGGCGGCGGCGGCGGCGGCGGAGGAGAAGGGAGCCGGACCGGAAGGGUCGAAGCGCCCCGGCGCCCCUCACACCCACUGCGGCGGCGGCGGCGGCGGGGCGGAGCGGGGCGGGGCGGCUGGCCGGCCGAGCCCCCGGCAGCGGAGCCGCGAGCGGCCAGUGCGCAGCGCCGCCAGUCCGCCCGCUCGCCCUCUACCCCUGGCACGGCGGCUGGGAGGCGAGGAACCCGACAACUGUACCAACUUUUUGGAAUAUUCUAUGAUACUACAUCAUGAGUGACAGUAAAUGUGAUAGUCAGUUUUACAGUGUGCAAGUGGCAGACUCAACCUUCACGGUCCUCAAACGUUACCAGCAGUUGAAGCCAAUCGGCUCCGGAGCCCAAGGAAUUGUUUGUGCUGCUUUUGAUACAGUUCUUGGGAUAAAUGUUGCAGUCAAGAAACUAAGCCGUCCUUUUCAGAAUCAAACUCAUGCAAAGAGAGCUUACCGUGAACUCGUCCUCUUAAAAUGUGUCAAUCAUAAAAAUAUAAUUAGUUUGUUAAAUGUGUUUACGCCACAAAAGACUCUAGAAGAAUUUCAAGAUGUGUAUUUGGUUAUGGAAUUAAUGGAUGCUAACUUAUGUCAGGUUAUUCACAUGGAGCUGGACCAUGAAAGGAUGUCCUAUCUUCUUUACCAGAUGCUCUGUGGUAUUAAACAUCUGCAUUCAGCUGGUAUCAUUCAUAGAGACUUGAAGCCUAGCAACAUCGUAGUAAAAUCAGACUGCACACUCAAGAUCCUGAUUUUGGCUGGCCCGGACGGCGGUUGUACCAACUUCAUGAUGACUCCAUAUGUGGUGACGCGUUAUUACCGGGCGCCUGAAUGCAUUCUGGGCAUGGGCUACAAAGAGAACGUGGACAUCUGGUCUGUCGGGUGCAUCAUGGCAGAAAUGGUCCUCCAUAAAGUCCUGUUCCCAGGAAGAGACUAUAUUGAUCAGUGGAAUAAAGUCAUUGAGCAGCUAGGAACACCGUCUGCGGAUUUUAUGAAGAAACUGCAGCCGACCGUGAGGAAUUACGUAGAAAACAGACCGAAGUACCCCGGCAUCAAAUUCGAAGAGCUCUUUCCAGAUUGGAUAUUCCCAUCCGAAUCCGAACGAGACAAAAUUAAAACAAGUCAAGCUAGAGAUUUGUUAUCGAAAAUGUUAGUGAUUGAUCCCGACAAGCGAAUCUCUGUGGACGAAGCUUUACGUCACCCUUAUAUUACCGUUUGGUACGACCCUGCUGAAGCCGAAGCGCCACCACCUCAGAUAUACGACGCCCAGCUGGAAGAACGAGAGCAUGCGAUUGAAGAGUGGAAAGAGCUGAUUUACAAGGAAGUGCUGGACUGGGAAGAGAGGAGCAAGAACGGCGUGGUCAAAGAUCAGCCUUCAGAUGCAGCAGUAAGCAGCAACGCCACUCCGUCCCGGUCGUCGUCCAUCAACGACAUCUCGUCCAUGUCCACCGAGCAGACGCUGGCCUCAGACACAGACAGCAGCCUCGACGCCUCCACGGGACCCCUCGAAGGUUGCCGGUGAUAAGGCACGACCCGCAAGCUCGUCCUCAGUGUAGGAAUUCUCGCUUCCAUGGGCCUGAAAUGCUUGGGGGUUGAUGGAACCAAAUAGAAAAACUCCAUGUUCUGCAUGUAAGGAACACGAUGCCUUGCCCCUGCUCAGUUCCAAUAGGAUUGCCUGCCUAGAUUUCACAGUGAAGCAGACUGUGUCUGAAGAACACAAGUGCGAGCCACACUCGUAGAGAAGUUGUGCAAGGUCAUUUCAGGUGAGCAAUUAGAGUAGAUGAUUUUGUUUUACUUUUUUUUUAAGUUGUACGGUAAUAGUGACAGUUUCUCAUCCUCUGUAACCAUUGGGGAAUUAUAUGCAUGUGACCACGUGUGCUUGCUCAGGCUUGCCCUCUAGCACUUUGGAAAUCAGUAUUUAAAUGCCAAAUAAUCCUCCAGGUAGUGCUGCUUCUAGAAUUCUCUCUUAAUCCUCUUGAGUAAUUUAGUGUCUGUCCAGGAAAAAAUAGGUUUAUGUGUAUUAAUUGGCCACCAUCAUAUUAUCAUAUCUUACCUUCUUUUAUGGUAUGAUUUAUUCUAUCUUUUGUAUUUCAGAAGGAAUAUAAUUAAAUCUAUUUAAUAAAUAAAAAAAAAUACAACUUUUCUUAAAUCUGUCAUGUUUUGGGCUGAGAAUUAUCAUUGCUAAAACCAAGACACCUCUGUGGACACUGUUUUCUCUAAAUUGUCUUAGUCUGGGAUGACUGUACCUUUAGCUUUAUUGCAAGAUAAAAUUUUCCGUUUUGUGCUGCUUGAGACAUGUAUGCCUUUACAAUCCUAAUCUACCCUCGCUCCUUUCUCCUGGUCUUCUGGACUCGUUAAUUUAAACUGCCACCUAAAACUUCACCUUCUUUGUUAGAUGCCUAACACUCCAUGUCAAUAACAUGACGGCAGAUUCUCAAAUCCAUUAGUGGUGAGAGUAGAAUUUGACAAAACAGUCACUGAAGAUGACUGCAGUGACUUCCUGAGCACUUGCUCCCUCUGAGACUGGUCAGGGUCCUUCCCCGAGAGAGGCACCAUCUCCCAGGGCAGCGUUUUCGGUUUCCAACCUAACGCUCUUACACAAUUUUCUUUUUUUGCCCACCCCACCCCACUCCCCAGCUUGGAUCUGUUUUAGGAAGCAAGGUGAAUCAGAAUGCCUCUGGGAUGGUGGUGUUUUCCAGUUGGUGGAAUAUUUCCUUUUCCUAAAGGGAAACCCAUGGAUCUUCUGGGAAACCCCCUCAUGGGGUUGUAGGGGAAAAACCCUUAGGAGUAGUGAUUAACUCUUGAGUAUUUUCUGACUUAAAACUGCUCACCUGAAAUUGAUGCUUUCAGAUUCUGAUGUGGAUAUCACUAGGAGUUCCCUAAGCUAGAGUACUGGAUUAUCACAGCGGAACUGGGCUCACCCUGGUCACAUUUUGGCCCCCUGUGCUCACUGUGCUUAUCCCUUGAGCUUCUUCUGUUACAAAUUCAUAUCCCGUGUUUAACUCUUUGGGAAACUAUUGGGUCAACAUUCUACAGAAUGUGUUCUGAGGAGGAACUUGGAUAAGAAAGUUUAUUAUAAAUGUUAUCUAAAACAUAGGAUUCUCUCCGUCACUUGCAUCUCAUUGGUUGGUCUUAUCUGUGGAGACUGGAGCCCUUGAUGAACAAAAUUCAUGUUGAAGUAACAGUUUUAUGUUGUGAGGUUUAGACAUAUUCAAAUACAAGAUGGAAAUGCUGACUUGGAUUGAAGCAGAAACACCUAUGAUAUGGCUUAGGAUAGCUUUGGUUUCGGAGGCCUGAUGGUACAGUGAAGAAAGUUAUCGUUAACCAA